UGGGGUGACUGCUGCCCCCCAAAUCCCAACCCUCCGUCGUCGUCGGCCGUCUGGAAGGACCGUCAUCAGGACAUGCCUCCGGUACCCGUGUGAGGCUGUCCCCCACUACUUCGUGAUUGUACCCCGCGGGGUCUUCAGAGGUAUCCGAAUCUCCCAAAAUCGGAUCGACCGGACUUGCGUCUCCGCCAGUUCGAGUUCACGCAAGUGGACCCGUACUCACCGAAGAUGAUCAACUUCGCCGGUAUCGUGUCAAUCGUCCUGUUCUACGUUCUGAUCCUAGCUGUUGGAAUAUGGGCGGCAAGGAAGAAGGAAGCUGGGAACGACUCGGAGGAGGAGGUGAUGCUUGCCGGCCGUUCGAUCGGCCUUUUCGUAGGGAUAUUCACGAUGACGGCGACCUGGGUCGGCGGUGGAUACAUCAACGGCACCGCAGAAGCUAUCUACACGAGGGGUCUGGUGUGGUGUCAGGCUCCUUUCGGAUACGCGCUCAGCCUCGUUUUCGGUGGAAUAUUCUUCGCGAACAAAAUGCGAGAACAGGGGUACAUCACGAUGUUAGAUCCUCUUCAAGACGCGUUCGGCGAACGUAUGGGAGGUCUUCUUUUUCUUCCUGCGCUCUGCGGUGAGGUGUUCUGGGCCGCUGGCAUCCUUGCAGCUCUGGGCGCGACGCUGGCAGUCAUCAUCGACAUGAAUCAGAGUGCCUCGGUCAUUUUGAGCGCCUGUAUCGCAGUUUUCUACACGCUAUUCGGUGGUCUUUACUCCGUCGCUUAUACCGAUGUUAUUCAACUUUUUUGCAUCUUCAUAGGAUUGUGGAUGUGCAUUCCAUUCGCUUGGACCAAUCCAAAGGUACAAUCUCUCAAGUCUAUGGAGGUGGAUUGGAUAGGUGAAGUGAAGCCCGGGGAAUAUUGGUCUUACGUGGAUUAUGGUCUUUUGUUGAUAUUCGGUGGUAUCCCUUGGCAAGUGUAUUUUCAACGUGUCCUGUCCUCAAAAACUGCUGGAAGAGCGCAAGUGUUGAGCUACGUAGCUGCGAUAGGGUGCAUCAUCAUGGCCAUACCACCUGUCCUGAUUGGCGCGAUCGCCAAAGCAACGCCUUGGAACGAGACAGGGUACACAGGCCCGUAUCCCUUCACCGAGGCAGAGACAAGCAUGAUUCUGCCAAUGGUCUUGCAGUAUUUGACGCCAGAUUUCGUUUCCUUUUUCGGGUUAGGGGCAGUGUCAGCGGCGGUGAUGUCCUCGGCGGACAGUAGCAUCCUUUCGGCUAGUUCCAUGUUCGCCAGAAACGUUUAUAAAUUGAUCUUCCGCCAGAGGGCGUCGGAAAUGGAGAUCAUCUGGGUGAUGAGAGUGGGGAUAGGCGUGGUCGGGGUGCUAAGCACGGUGAUGGCGUUGACGAUACCCUCGAUCUACGGCCUCUGGUCCAUGUGCUCGGACCUCGUCUACGUGAUCCUGUUCCCCCAGCUGUUGAUGGUGGUCCACUUCAAAGAAUACUGCAACACCUACGGCAGCCUGGCCGCUUACAUAAUAGCGUUCGUCGUUAGGAUCAGCGGUGGCGAGCCCCUGAUGGGCCUCCCCGCCCUUAUCCACUAUCCGGGCUACGACGAGGAGACGAACACGCAAGCGUUCCCCUUCAGAACGAUGGCCAUGCUGAUGUCCUUGGUGACGCUGAUAGGCGUCUCGUACGGCACCCAGGUGGCCUUCCUUACCGGCAGGCUCGCGCCCGGCUACGAUUUCUUCAGGUGCGUGGUCAACAUACCGGAGGACGUCGAGAGGGUCGGCCCGGACCCGGCCGAGGGCGAGCAGAUGGCCGUGCUUGCAGCCGGUAUAGGCAGGCUGUACGGAAGCAAGGACGAAUCGAACGGCCGAGUGAAUCCUGCGCUCGAGCCGGACUACGACAUGGAGCCGGGAUGCGACAAGGCGGCCGGGGAACCGGAAGCUGUUGUCGGCGGGGGUGGCGGCGGCGGGGGUGGGGCGCACCUCGUGCCCCAUGGCCCGAACGUGCCGCGACAGCCGCAAUCCAGCACCGCGUUCUAAUCCCUGGUUCCGUGUUCGGAUGCUGUGACCAACAAUAAGUGCGGCGGCGCAGGUCUGUUUUCUUUUUUCUUACCUUUCUCCCCGUCGUUUUUGUUUUAUUAUUCUCCUCUUUGUCGAUUUUAACCUGAUUGAUCUCGCUCCUCAAAUCGUUUCGUUUCUCGAAACAGAAUAUAUUUUAAAAAAUUGGAAUCGCGUUAAGGAAUGGAAGAAAUAUUCGCGUGGAAAUAAUUAUCCCCUCCCCUCACGUCCACGAAGCUGCGAAAUAUAUAUAUAUAUAUGCCAAUAUCUGCUCCAAGCUCUUCUACGAAUUUUCCUUUCGUAAUUAAACGUAAUUUACACGUAAGUGAUCACGUAAGUGGCUCAUGUACCUGCGUUCGAAGAUGCUGAUUCGUCCUCUUCAGAAACGAAGGCGAAAUGACUGGAAAAAAGAAGUGCGAAGGAGGAUGAACGAAAAAGGGAAAUGUGCAAUACUCGAGAGAGAGAGAGGUCGGAGCUUCUUGGACAGUUUGGCGAGGUUUCGUUGUCCCCUGUGCCGCCAAUUAGGCCUAGUGAUCUGUUUCCUUUUUUUCGAGAAAUAUAAUAUAUAUAUAUAUAUACACACGCAUGCGUAUAUAUACGCAAUUACGAGUGCGUGAACACGGUAAUCGCGCAUAUACACGUAUAUGCCAUGUAUUUAGAGUUUAUCGAAUUGCUUGAGAAAACUAACGUCUUGAUGCACGACCGAUCCGUCCCUCCCCCCCUCUUCCCCCGUUUAUCACGAAGCAUAUUUUAGAGAAUUAAAGUAAUAAAGAGAUUAAAUAAACAAGCUCGACGAGUAUCUCGUUAAAUCGUGGCGAGCGGCUAUAGGAUAUUAUAGGGAUUUAUAUAAAUUAAUGUUACAUAUCGAGUUUUCUAGAAUGUGUUUUUAACGAUUGUUAGAUUCAUUGUUGUCAUUUAACCCUCUUCCAUUGCAAGGCUCGACGGAACCAUCUUCUUCAUCGUCCCUCAUCGCACCGUGUUAAAUGUCGCAACCCCAUUUUAUUAUUCGAGUCUCGGUGUUGGAAGGGUUAGAGUAAAAGCGAGAGGGAAAAAGAAGGUAAGAUGGACGAAUAAACGUUUAGAGGCUUUUUUGUACUUGCGAUCGAUCGUUCUUCCCUUGCUUGGUAAAGGAAGUAAAGGCGACGUAGGCGCCGUUGUUCACAUUAUCACGUGGCCGCUCGUCCAGGCUGUUCGAGAUUUUUCUCCUGACUCGCGCAUGCUUUCCGAGGAGGAGAAUUUUCAUUCGAGAUUCGACGAAUUUUCUUGUACCCUUGAGAAGAAUCAACAAUUGGUUUUCACUCUCAGCCACAUAAAUUUUUCAUGGACAAAAAUAUAGAAUCUUUGUACAAAUAUUGCUUCGACAAACGUUCCAUCGCGAACACGAUGCGCGAGUCAGCGUGAGAGAUCAAGAUUCACGGACGAAUCGGUUGUUGCACGGAUUCGUUGUGUUUAUUAUAUAGUAUAUAUACAUAUAUAUAUAUAUACACACACACAUUGUACGAUAUAAUUGACAUUAUCGGCAUUAAAGCGAGACGAGUGAUUUCUCAUACACGUACAUGCGUACAUACAUACACACACGUACAUACAAGAAGACUAAAACUCGUAGUUUUUAACUAACGCGAAAGAUACGAAUGCUGUUGUUGGUUUCGAAAAAUUGGUUUAUCAAAGUAGAUACUUAUGUACCUAUAUCGCCUAUUAGUAGUGGUGUAUUUACUGCUCGUCGCAUAGAGUUGCUCAUCCCAUCGUUUACCAAAAAGGAAAAAGAAAAAAAAAAAAUAUACAAGAGAGAUUGUAAGAGAGAGAAAUCGAAGCGUUAAUCGAGUAGUAGUAGAGCCUACUAUUCGAUCUCCGAAUUAUAUUUCUCUCGUUCGCGAAUGAAUCGAAAAAAUCACCUACCGUUUUCGUUAAUAUCUAUCCAUGGAUGAAUCUAGAAAGAAUGUAUAAAAGUAAAUUAUUGCCGUUUGACGAUAUCGUACGGAAAAAGAAAAUUUUUUCUUAUUGAACCAUUUUUCGUUUCUCUAAAUAUUAGUUAAGAGACUAAUAACCUCGAAGAAUUACUUUUCUUAAAAUUCUCAUCUCGUUUAUUGUUCAUCGUUCUUCUUCGCGAAUUAAUACGUCGUCAUCAGAUUCAUAAAUAAAUCGUGAAAUUAAAAGGAACGCGUUGUUUUGUCGUUCAACUUGUCAGAACUCGUGAGAAAUAUGUGCAGAUAAGCGAGCUUUUUAAAGGAAACGGAAGUGGCGUCUUGUUAACCGAGGCGUCUCAGCACGACGGUGAAAUUACGGUGUUCGGACAGAUACGAGGAAUCUCAUGAAUCACGCGUACGCCUCGCGCGUGCACGAACCCAUCUUCCUCUUCUAUAUGUGUUGUUAUUCGAUCGCGGUUGUUAUAAAAGACUUUCACUCGAUGAUAUCGAGUCUGCGUCUGAGAAAUUAUUAACAUUUCCACGCGCAAAAAAAAAAAAAAAAAAACAAUAUUUUAUAGCGAACAAUUAUUCUUUCUUUUUAUAUAUAUACAUGUAUAUAAUGAAAAGUAGAGCUAGACGAUCGUAAAACGCUUCUUUGAUGAGAGAAAUUGCUCGAUGGAAAAAUUCUCGGCGAUGCGAGGGAUAAUAAAAAGAAGAAACACGUUGAAAAAUUCGAGGAUACAUUUAAUAUCGAAGAAGAAGUAUAUAAAUUACCAGUUUUUAUACGGAUUGUGAAAUUAUUUCUUUUAUUCCCGCGAACGAUCGAAAGUUUUAUUUUGCUUUCACUCACUUGUUCUGUAUUUUCAGAAAUAAAAAUUGGAGAUAUUUCUCAAAGAGAAGUGACAAGUUAACGAUUCAAGCGUCUAAUAAAAAGAAAAAAAAAAUAAUUCCUUUAUCUUCGGUCGAUUCGAUACCAUCCUUCGUCGUGUGUCGUAUAUAUAUCAUCACAUAUAUAUAUAUUGGGGAGAUAAAACAGUUAUCUCGUGUAAUAUGCGAACAAAUAUUGUUGCGUAGAUGCAUCCGUGCGAUAAAGCAUCCGUUAUUAUUCGUAGUGGCGUAAAUGUUAAUUAUGAGAGAGAGAAGCAACGGCCACACAACGGUUACUAUACAUAUCAAAUAUCGUGCAUUGUAACGAUGUAACGGGAAACCUAUAUCAUGAUGCGUGCUCUACAUACACAUAUUUAGGUAUAAAACAUUAGAUAAGAUAAGGGACUACGUAAGACAGAAAAAAAAAGAUGAUAAAAAUAUAUAUAUAUAUAUAUAAGAUAUGUAUAUACGUAUUAUAUAUAUAUACAAAACGUGGUUAUAUCCUCUCGCAGAAAAAGGGAUCGAUGGGGUUCGAAGCUUCGAGGAAUUAGGAGGAUCCUCUCUAAUUUUCACUUUUUUUUUCUUUUUUUUCCAUCGAACGAGCAUCCUCCUAAUUACUAAUUUAAUAACCGAGCGAUUUAAUAACCAGGAUCGAGAAAGAUCUCGUGUAUCGUGGAAAAAGAAAAAAAUUGCGAGCAAUGAACAAGGCUGCCUGAACGCCGAAUACAAAAAAAAAAUGGCUGAAAUCGAAACUGAUCGAUGGGUGCGAAACUAAUAAUUUAACAAUCCGGUGUUAUGGAGCUCAAUGCUCCACCGCUUUGAAAUCGCGAAACCUAAUGUUAAUUGUACACCUAUUUCGUCCUAUCUCGCAAGCCUGGGACGCCUUUAUUAUAUAUAUAUAUAUAUAUAUAUUUCUAUAUAUAUAUAUAUAUAUAGAAAGAGAGAAUAUUAUACUAUGUGUAAAAGAAAAAAGUAAAAAAAAAGUAAAAGAAAAAAAAAACGCCCGACUUCACCCCCAUAAGAGCAUAUCCAUGUAUAUGUAUUACGAAAGCGUUACCGGUAUAUUGUAUUAUACGACAUAUUAUACGUGUAUAAUUGAGAAACUGAACGCGAUGUUGAUUGUAAAUGUUAAAAAUAAACAGUGUAUAAAAACACAAGA